UGCGUUGCUUGUUUUCUUCCGGUAUAGAUCUAUUGAACGUUUUGUUAGUCACAGCGUCACAGUCACAGUGUCUGGCCACUGGUUGCUGAACUCAAUCUCACAACUAUUUGAAAGAAUGGAGAAGUCUGAUGGAAACGAGUGUAAGUUGUAUCAUGAGCGGCAGGAAAAGCAGCUGUGUGCUCUACAUGCUCUGAACAACUUGCUGCAGACAAAGCAAGCCUUCACUCAGAAGGACCUAGAUGAUAUUUGUAACAGGCUGUCUCCAGGAACAUUUAUCAACCCACACCGAAGCAUGUUAGGCCGGGGAAACUAUGAUGUAAAUGUUCUGAUGGCUGCACUACAGCAAAAAGGCCUUGAAACUGUUUGGUUUGACAAAAGAAAGGACGUGGAAGUGCUUGUAACCAACAAGAUUAUGGGCUUUAUCCUGAACACACCGAGUGACUACAAGCUUGGCUUCUGGAAGUUGCCGAUCCACCGCAAACACUGGAUUGCCAUUCGCUGGCUCCAGGGUCAGUACAUGAACCUGGACUCAAAGCUUGACCACCCUGCUGCUAUCGGAGGCCAGGACUGUUUGUUGAGAUAUUUGCGCUCAGAACUUAGUGAGGGUGACAAGGAGCUACUGCUAGUGGUAGAGCAGAGUGUGUAUGAGAGUUCUUCAUGGCAUCGUGACAGUGCGUCUUCUGUUGUUGAUACAGAGAAGGAAAAGUGUUCCAACAAUAUCUCUAGUGCUGAGGAGCACAAUGGCAGAGAAAAGGAGGCUAGUGAGAUGAAAAGGGGAACUUCUCAAGAUGAAGGCACUGAGAGAGUUGUCCAUGUUGAAGGCUCUGAAAAGGAGAAGCAAAAUGUCGAAGAAAAGGAAAAAGGCACCGAACUUGUGGAAAAGAUUUCAGUAGAAGUUGUGAAGCAGUCUCCACAAAUUGACAAUAGUUUUGUGAAAGAUAUUGAUAGAAAUGGUGGAUGUGGACUGAAAACCGAUACCAUGGAAGUGAUUGCUUCUGAAAAUAAGGCUGUGACAGUUGGAAAUGGACUGAUUCGUGGAACUGAAAAUUGCCAGCUUGCAGAUAAAGGAUAAGAAAUGAUUGGAUAUUAGGCUUUAGAAAUAAAUACAUGUAAUUCAUUAUUCCAUUUCCACUGCUUGCAUUUGUUACUUUUGUUGAAAUUAUUUAACUCUGUUUUGAAUUAACUUCCCAUUUUUGAGCAUCAAACAGAUUUUUGUACUUGCAGUAAAGUUUUUGCGCUUUAAUACCUGUUGUGUUGUACUUUGAGAGUUUUCAAACUACACGAAAAAUUAUAUGUAAUAUAAUUUUCAUUAUGAAGAGAUUUUACAAAUUGUUUAUUGAAAGGACUGCUACAGUUCUAUUGAUAGCUUUUGAGUGGUUUUGGUGAGUUAAGUGAUUGACGGGAAUGAAACUGAUUAAAUUUUUUUUUUAUAAGCUAUGUCACAUACUGACAUGGGAUAGAUGUAUCAUCUACUUUGCCAGAUACUGUCAAACUGAAUUCUUAUAUUAAUGUCACUUUUAUCUUUAUAGGCGUAUCAAUAUCUUUUUUAAUACUUGCCAGUUUCCUUUUCUCUGGUGAGGAAUUGAUGGAUACCUCAUAAAUUCUCUUAUUUGUCAAAGUGUAUCGUUAAUCGUUAAGAAUAAUCGAUAAUCUCAAAAUUGUUUGAAUGGAGUUUGAAGCAUUUACAAUAAAUACAGUACACAGGUUCUGAAAUGUGUGAAAAGUUCGUCUUAAUGUCCAAUAUUAAUGGUAUCUAUGUGCUCAAAUCCUUUUCCUAUUUCUUCUCCAUUCCCCAGUCACUACUGAGAUGAAUUUGAAUAGUUAGUAUUGGUCAUAAAAGAUUUCUUAAUUCACAUUAGAACGUUUUAUAGUCUCUUGUAUUUAUUUUCUCAUUUUUCAAUUCCUUUUAAGAGUAGGCCUACCUGUUGAAGGUUACCUUUUUAAAUAUUUUUUUUGUGUUCUAUUGAUACUAUGUUACAGUACUUAAAGUGAUGCCAUAUGAUAACGGUCUUUUUGGCUACAGUUUUCUAAAAGACUUAAUUUAGGUUAAAACUACUUUCCGGCUUUCACAUUCUAUAAAAUGUAUGCCCGUUUGUGUCAAAUAUUUGUGUGCAACUUGUUUCACAGAGCUUGUUAGAUUGAAGGAGGAUGGGCUGAGUUACCUCUUGUUGGCAUACUUAUUACUUACAUUGGGGGAAUAUAAUUGAAAAUUGAUUUGAACCCAUAGAGAGUGCUGUGAGUGGUCAUGUAGGUCAACAUGACUUUGGUGGACACCCUGGUGUGGUCUUGUCCUUCUUCUCUUUUUCAGUACACAUGUAACUAUUAUCCUUGCCUUUCUUUCCUUGGCACAAUGUGUCGGUAUCACGCUGACUGGCUGCCUGUGCAAUCCCAUGACAUGCAGGCCGGAUGAGCUCAAAUAAAACUGUGUCAUAGGUCUUGUAGACAUUCCUGGAAUUACCUGGUGUUGAUGUUCUUUGUACGCUUGGGAGAGGGUGUUUCACAGUAAUGAUGCUGUCAGUCUAUUUUACUAAAUGAUACCCAUUGCACAAUGCCACUCAAAUUCAGUUGAAUGGGUUGGGGUCAGCCAUAUUUUUCUCCAUGGGGAAGCAAAAGCUAUCAUCGUGGCAAAAUUCGACAGAUUAGAUUUUGACCUUGAAAAACAGUUGCUUUUGUUUUACCAGGGUCAUGAGUCUCAUGAUCAGAUGUGAAGAGCCAGUACUCGGUCUUGUUUUCUUGUGUGUGGAAUCCAGUAAUGGACCAUGUAGAUAUGGAGAGGCUGAUACUGAUAGAUCUAGACAACUAUGGACAUUUCCCGUGUUUUUAGGAUUCAAGAACCUCUCAUCACAGCAAACACAAAAUGCGGCAGUUAGCGCUUGAAGCCUUUAUAAGUGGAAUUGGCUGUAUUGUGGGGAAAAGUAAUAAGUUUUAUGUACAUUAAUACCUCCCCAGGUCAAAGCUUUCUAUUUUUCUCAAAUUUGACUCCAGGGAGGAGUCUAUUCCUAAAUCGCCUUGCCUAACCCGAUCUAAUCCACAAUGGGCACCCGGUAUACCUUUUCUUCCAUAGUGUGAAGCCUCAGUACAGUCAUUAUGACACACUUAUUAGACUUAUAAGACCUUAUGUAGUUGUGAGCACCAUAAAACUCUUGAUUUUAACAAACUGAAGAAAAAAACACCUAAAAACCCAUUUGUAAUGCAGGCCCACAAGUGGAGGUUUUGCUCGAAGGGCAGGGGAGAUGCCUUAGUUUGUGUCAAAGAAACAUGAGUAAAAGAAGUGGAUUAAACAUUACUGCUGAAAAUGUACAAAUUUUGCUUGUGCUCAAAAUGAAAGAGAUUUCUUUGGUUUGUAGGGUACAACCCCAGGCCUGUUGCUUCUUUAACCUAUCAGUACACAUGAGUUUGUGAUAUUGUACUCGCCCUUCAGAUUGUGAACUUGUUCAUUCUAAUUCCUUUAGUAAAAUUCAAGUACUUUUUACUCUUUUUUUUUUGUAUCUCCUGUUUUAUUGUAUGCGUAAUUUAUAAAGUUCACACUAUAAAUUCUUUUUAUAACACAGCAUAAUUACCCACAUUCUUGAAGUUGAAGUACAGUAAAUAUUUGGGAAUGUGUGGAUGCUUUCCUAAAUACAGUUUAACAGGGAUAGGUCGAGCACAGAAGACUCGAAAUCAUGUAUCCGUCAUACGGUACCUACGCUCCCAUUUAUUGUAUUUUUACUAUAUCUUUGUAAGAUUCCCUCGAACUACCAAGGCCGGUCCCGACGAAUUCGAGCUAUCCAUGUUAUACUGUAGACGUUUUCAACUUCUAAGUCAUACUAUGGAUUUUAAAGCAUCCCAGUGGUUCAGUAUCUGCUUACUCCUAUGGUUUUUUAAUAUAUCUUGUUAUGUUUUUGUUGCAUAGUGGUAUACAAAGUGACUAGUACACUAGUCAGUGUUAUCCAUACUAGCAAAAUCCGUUUUACUAACUGGACAAUAUCUAAUUAGAAACAGUUUCAGACUAUAAAGAUAUCUUCCUCUGUAUUGUAUUAAAUUUAUAGAUUAAUUUCUUUUCUCUUUGUCUUUCUGGAUCCACUCUUUCAAUCGCCUCUGUGUUUUUAUUGUCUUUCUGAUUUAGUCUCCCAGUCUUCUCCCUCAAUA